AAACUUUUGCGCGAGAAUAUUAAGGGUAUCACAAAACCGGCUAUUCGCAGACUUGCCCGUCGUGGUGGUGUAAAACGAAUAUCAGCGGGCAUAUAUGAAAAUGCGCGUAGCGCUUUAAAAGAUUUCUUGACAGAUGUUCUUCGGGAUACAGUUUCUUAUGUUGAAUAUGAACGAAAGAAAACUGUUACUGUAAUGGAGAUAUUAUUGGCUCUUAAGAGACGGGGGAGAACAAUUUACGUACAAAGACAGAUUAAUCUUUAUGAAACUGAAGAUAUUAGUUUGAGUCUAUUAAAACAAAAUAUUUCUUCCUCAAGAACAAGUUUUGCUGUCUAUGUUGAUAAUGACUACCACUUCGAUUCAUUAGGACUCGUACCACCACCACUUAAAAAACAAAAGCCUAAACAAAUCGCUACUAAUAUGAGAGUGGUAAUUGAUUUGUCUUUCGAUUCACUGAUGACUGACAUGGAAAUUACAUCCGUAUCUUCACAAUUGACUCGUUGUUAUGCUGCAAAUCGGUCUACUUCGCGUCCCGUAAAUUUAUUUUUUACUUCAUACGGUCAACGUAUUCAAAAUCGUUUCGAUACAAAAAUCCAGAGUCAUACAAAUUGGAAAGAUGUGGUAUUUGAUACUAAGUCAUAUUUAGAACGUUUCGAUAAAAAUGAUUUGGUGUAUUUGACUGCUGAUGCUACCGAUGUGGUAGAUGAAUUAAAUGAAAAUAAAGUUUACGUAAUUGGUGGAAUAGUAGAUAAGAACAGGCAUAAAAAUCUUUGUUAUGAUAAGGCAAAAGAAGAAAAUAUUGCAACUGCUCAAUUACCCAUCGAAAAUUGUAUUAAAUUGACCACAAGAAAGGUGCUCGCGAUUAAUCAUGAAUGUAAAGAUUGGCAAAAAGCUUUUCUGGAAGUGAUACCUCAAAGGAAAUUCAAUGAUGAAGGAAAGAAAAAAAGGAGGAUAAGAAAAGAUACCGGUACUAUUGACUUAAAGGGUGAUAUUCCCGAUACCGUGCAAAAUGGUCUCGUGAAAGAAUAUGAAUCUUCUGAACAAGU